CGGAAAUAUAAUGGCAUGAAUUCAUUCCAGCAUACAAACGAGAUGGUGCCAUGUCUGCGGCACUCAGAGCUACAACAUGGGAAAUAUCCGAAUCCGAGGACGAAUGUCACAGUGAAACCAAGACGGAAUCAGUGACCUUCAUAGUAGAAAGCGUUGACACCCAAUGCAGCGAUGACACAACAUCAACAACCUUGGCAUCCACAGAUGAACCAAGUCAAGAUCAUAAUCUGUCUCCUCCGCGGGUACCCAGGUCUAAGACCCCCUGUCCUCCGCUGGGACCAGGGUCGUUGAGCCCCUGUCCCGACCGAAAGCGACGCUCCAGAGAUCACACUGAAGCAGAGCAGCUUAAAGCAAAGCAGAAGAGAGAUGCUAGAGAUGAUCAGAGAGCAGCGAGAGCCAUAGAGAAGGAGGAGAGGAAACGGGAGCAGCAGGGAAGGAAGAAACUGGCAGAGCACAUGAGAAGUUUGAGGCCAGAGAACUGUCUCAAAAGCCUGACUAUAUGCAUAGAUCCAGCGGUUUUACAGCACAAUGGCUCAGACGUCUUGUUGGACCGCCUCUCCACCUCAGGCUGGAGGUUUGUGAUCGACCGCCAAUCCCUUCCCCAGACUAUCUGCUGGACCCGGGAGCUGGCCCAGCCCGGAGAGGACGGUUGUGGUUCGGUGGAAGAGGAUCAAGUGAGCUGGGUUCUGGAUUUGGCCGACUUCAUUGACGUGGUGAUCAGUGUCAAAGAGGUUCUCCGGAGCGAUGAAGGUCCCUCCGGGCGGUCUCUCCUCGCUGGGAUGCUGGAGUUUCUGAAUGGAAACGCCAACAAAGUGGUCACCCUGUUGGUUAUUGGAUCACAGACGAACAGUGCUUCAGCCUGGAGCGCCCCCAGCCUUCAGGCCCAGAUCGGCAUGGAGGAUCUGGACAUGGAGGAGGUGAUGGUGUACCUCCAGCUCUACAGGAACGUAUCCCUCUCCUUCUUCCGCGACUGGCAGGCCGUCACAGACCACCUGGUGGGCGUCACGAAAGCCUUGUCCAAACGGCCUUCCAGGCAGCUAGCUGAGCGAGGCGGCCUCCCGUUCUGGGCGGACGGGCCGUGGGCCAGCGGGGUGCAGGUGAAGAAGGAGGGCGCUGGGCUGCGCCAGGUGUGGAACCGGCAGGUGCAGCAGCUCAAUCGGGUCAGCGUGGCCGUAGCGACAGCUGUGACGGCUUCCUACCCCUCCCCCCAUCUCCUGCUGCAGGCCUAUGGGAGUUUGGAAUCAGAGGAGCAGCGGAGGAAGCUGCUGGCCCCACUCUCCGUGACUUCCGAGGGAAGAGAAAGAAGAGUUGGACCCGAUAUCUCAUCCAGAAUCUACCGCUCUCUCUCGGAGCCAAACCCGGAGAUGGGUCUGGACUAGGCGGAUUCCUUCUGGCCUGAAUGAGCGCUUUGAAAUCCUCGUCAACAAAUACUUCCAGACAUUUGUUUGCAAAUGUUUACAAGCUACCUAAGGUCUACAAGAUGGCGGCUACCGAAGCAAUCUAACAUUUACAAUCUAGCUAAUGUUUAAGGGCUAGCUUAUGUCUAUAAGAUAUGUUAUAUUUCGAACUAGCUAAUAUUUUGAAUCUAUAUAACUUCUUAUCUACAUAAGGGCCAAUGUUUCAAAGCUAGCCAAUGUCUAAUCUACACAAAUUCUAAUGUUUGGAAGCUAGCUAACUAUUUAGCUAAUGUUAUGGUUCUUGAUGUUGCCUACUGAGCUAUCAUGCUGAAUAACAUCAACCUGAAAGCACUUUAUUACACCUUCAGAUUGACGUGAUGAGUUCAUAUUUUGUACAUGUGUUAUAUACAUAGAUGUUAAUAAUAUUAAAAAAAUUACUGUUCCGUUUUUGAUUUUCUUUUAAUUGUAAGGAUUAAUGGACAUGCAUUCAUAUACAUUUGAAGAAAUCAAUCAUUCAGGUUGUGCGGAAAUAGGUAAUGUUUAAUUUUAUGAGUUUCCUCAGUACAAAGUAAGAAAAUAUACAUUCAUUCACAUUUCAAAGCAUUAAAAUGACAAUGGCUGUUUAAACC